GGGAAAAGACGUGGUUUUUAAACGCAAACUUCUACUCCCACCCCCUACCUCCCAAGGUGUCACGUGACGCGCCUGCGUCCUCGCCUCAAGGUCCUUCCUGGUCGUAUACUAGCUGUUACAGGCUGUUGCUAGGUCCAUUACGGAAGUUGGCCCAUUGACUUUCGCUUCCUCGACGGAAGCGUCACAAUCUGGAUAUCGACUCUUAGCGGAAGUUCGUCACGUCGCAGUUGCCUCCGCACAGCGGAUGUGUCGCCGCUUAGGUGACGCUGGGAAGUGCUUGCAGCCUCCGUCGCUGCCUUCUGGUUGAAGCACUAUGGAGGGAGAGAGGAAGAACAACAACAAACGGUGGUAUUUUACUCGUGAACAGCUGGAAAAUAGCCCAUCCCGUCGUUUUGGCCUGGACCCAGAUAAAGAACUUUCUUAUCGCCAGCAGGCGGCCAAUCUACUCCAGGACAUGGGGCAACGUCUUAACGUCUCACAAUUGACUAUCAACACUGCUAUAGUGUACAUGCAUCGAUUCUACAUGAUUCAGUCCUUCACACAAUUCCAUCGAAAUUCUGUGGCUCCAGCAGCCUUGUUUCUAGCAGCGAAAGUAGAAGAGCAGCCAAAAAAAUUGGAACAUGUCAUCAAGGUAGCACAUACUUGUCUCCAUCCACAGGAGUCACUUCUUGAUACUAGGAGUGAGGCUUACCUGCAACAAGUUCAAGAUCUGGUGAUUUUAGAAAGCAUAAUUUUGCAGACCUUAGGCUUUGAACUAACAAUUGAUCACCCACAUACACAUGUAGUAAAGUGCACUCAACUUGUUCGAGCAAGCAAGGAUUUGGCACAGACUUCUUACUUCAUGGCAACCAACAGCCUGCAUUUGACCACAUUUAGCCUGCAGUACACACCUCCUGUGGUGGCCUGUGUCUGCAUUCAUCUGGCUUGCAAGUGGUCCAACUGGGAGAUCCCAGUCUCAACUGACGGGAAGCACUGGUGGGAGUAUGUUGACGCCACUGUGACCUUGGAACUUUUAGAUGAACUGACACAUGAAUUUCUACAGAUUCUGGAGAAAACUCCCAACAGGCUCAAACGCAUUCGAAAUUGGAGGGCAUGGCAGGCUGCCAGGAAAACAAAAGCAGAUGACCGAGGAGCAGAUGAAAACACUUCAGAGCAGACAAUCCUCAGUAUGAUUUCCCAGAGCUCUUCAGACACAACUAUUGCAGGUUUAAUGAGCAUGUCAACUUCUACCACAAGUGCAGUGCCUUCCCUUCCAGUCUCUGAAGAGUCAUCUAGCAACUUAACCAGUGUGGAGAUGUUGCAGGGCGAGCGAUGGCUGUCCUCUCAACCUCCUUUUAAACUAGAACCUGCUCAGGCUCAUCGGACUAGUGAGAAUUUAGCACUUAUAGGAGUUGAUCAUUCCUUGCAACAGGAUGGUUCAAAUGCAUUUAUUUCCCAGAAGCAGAGUGGUAAGAGCGUACCAUCGGCUAAAGUGUCACUGAAAGAAUACCGUGCAAAGCAUGCAGAAGAGUUGGCAGCCCAGAAGAGACAAUUGGAGAACAUGGAGGCCAAUGUGAAGUCACAAUAUGCAUACGCUGCCCAGAAUCUCCUGUCUCACCAUGAUACCCAUUCUUCAGUCAUUCUGAAAAUACCCAUAGAGGGUUCAGAAAACCCUGAACGGCCUUUUCUGGAAAAGGCUGACAAAACAGCUCUCAAAAUGAGAAUCCCAGUGGCCGGUGGAGAUAAAGCUGCCUCUUCAAAACCAGAGGAGAUAAAAAUGCGCAUUAAAGUUCAUGCUGCAUCUGACAAGCACAAUUCUGUAGAUGACAGUGUUACAAAGAGCCGAGAGCACAAAGAAAAGCACAAGACUCACCCAUCUAAUCAUCAUCAUCAUAAUCACCACUCACACAAGCACUCUCACGCACAGCUUCCAGUUGGUACUGGGAAUAAACGUCCAGGUGAUCCAAAACAUAGUAGCCAGACAAGCACCUUAGCACACAAAACCUAUAGCUUAUCUAGUUCUUUCUCCUCUUCCAGUUCUACUCGUAAAAGGGGGCCCCCUGAAGAGACUGGAGGGCCAGUGUUUGAUCAUCCAGCCAAGAUUGCCAAGAGUAGUAAAUCCUCUUCUGUAAGUUUCUCCUUUCCUCCACUUCCUACAAUGGCCCAGUUACCUGGGCAUAGCUCAGACACAAGUGGCCUUCCCUUUUCACAGCCCAGCUGUAAAACUCGAGUUUCUCAUAUGAAACUGGAUAAAGGGCCCAGUGGAGCCAAUGGUCAUAACACAACUCAGACGAUAGACUAUCAAGAUACUGUGAAUAUGCUUCACUCUCUGCUCAGUGCCCAGGGUGUUCAGCCCACUCAGCCCCCUGCAUUUGAAUUUGUUCAUUCUUAUGGUGAAUAUCUGAAUCCACGGGCUGGUGGGAUCUCUAGAUCUGGCAAUACAGACAAACCCCGGCCACCACCUUUACCAUCAGAACCUCCUCCACCACUUCCACCCCUUCCUAAGUAAAAAAGAAAAAGAAGAGGAGAAAAAAAACUUCUUUAAAAAACGUGUUUUUUUUUUUUGUUUUUUUGACUACUGAUUCUGAGUUAAGAAAAUUACUUCCCUUAUGAAAUAUGUCACCCUUCUUGGACUAGGGAAUAAAUUGAUACUGAGACAUAAGUGGGAGGGUGGUGGAGGGCCUUGGUUAUUAUAUCUGCUAUCUCAUACGUUUAACUAUUUUAUUACAAUUUUACUGGUAUUAGAGAGGUGGGAAUGUGUUGAAGCUGUGAAGGAUUAAGAACACUUUCUCUAUUCUUGGGCCUCUCCACCUUCCAAUUAGGUUGAUUGCAGCUGGUAUCUUCCCUCUUCUUACCAGAACUGAAAUAUAGAGGGUUUGUUUUAUCAAACAAUUGUGGAUCCUUUUGGUGUUUAAUAUAUCAGAAGAGAGGAAGUAUUUAAAUGUCAAAAUCUUUUAAGAGACUUUAAAAAAAUAAUUUAAAGAAAGUAAGUUAUCUGUUUAGUUUUUUUUUAUAUAAUCGGGGAGGGGAUAGGGAUUUUGCUGUGUGUAUGAGAUACAUAGCAGUGACUCCUGGUGGGUGGGAUUGGAGGGUGGGAAUUUGUGCAGGGCGGGUGGGAGGGUAGGUUUUUUGGCCAAGAGUUCUGAAGUAGGCACCGGCCACUUGAAGUGUUGAGACCUUUAAGUGUAUGUAAGUGUGGGUAUGUGUAUUUUAAGUGUGUGUGUUUAAAAAUCAUGUCUUAUCUUUCCCUCCCUAUCCCUUACUGUUUUCACUUCCCAACAGUCUACUAGAGAGACCACGGUUAACCUUGAGAACAUAAAGGAAGGAAGAGGCUUGUAUUUGACUUGUCAUUUUCCCCUUUCUUUAUGUUGUAAUUGAGUAGUAGCCCCCUAAUUUCUAGUUUGGGCAAGUGCUGCCUAUGGCCUGACUCUUAACUUCAUUAUGAAAACUUCCUUUUUACCCCUCUUUGCAUUUUGAUGCAAAACUGAGGAGUGGUUGAGGAAGGAGGAUUGGUGGGCAAGGCCAGCUUCUGCCCUACAGAAUUAGGUGUGUCUGUUUUGAAGUUGGGCUUUGGGAAAGUGUUCAAAUGAGAACAAUCUCAGGGGCUGUGAAGGGAAGGGGGAUAUGCUAUAUAUAUCCUGCCUAUGAAAGCCCAGACCAUAUGUGAGAGUAGUAGUUCUGGGAGAAGCCAUGGAACUAGGGGAUACUAAAAACAAUGAAAUUGUGCUUUGGAAUUUUUAGGACAUUGUGUUUUAAAUUAUGAGUGUAAGACUUGCUUUUUUUUAAUCUGUGUAUCUGAAGGGAAACAGCUGUAUCCUCAGGUUUUUGCCACCUAUAUUACUUGAGAGAUUGGAGCUGGUCAAUUUAAAAGUACUGAUGCCAUGAGAGCAAGCAAACCUAGCAAACAGAUACUAUUGUGUUCAGAUUGUUCAUCUUUGGUGGCUUUAGAUUCUAGACAGAAGUUCUUGAGAUUUCUAAGAGUCCUUUAAAAAAUAAGUCAGAAGUCCUUUUGUUAUGGGGGCUUGAUUAUCCCAUAUAUUAGGAGCAAACAUUUUUAAUGAGGAAAGAAUUCUAAGCCAAGCUGUCUAAUUCAAAACCACCUAGCCACAGAUCAUUUGAUGGGAUAUUCUUUGGUUUUCAUGGCAUUUUUUUGCUCUAGAAGAGAUGGUGCAAUUUGAAUUUGUUGUCUUGUUUUUAAUGCAGCUUCCUUCACACCAAAUAGUCUUUAGGGAGAAGUUGAAUUCUUUUCAUUGGAAGUCAUGGGGAAACGGACUUAUACAUGUGCUGCUGCUUGGCAGAAAUAGUUUGGGAAGAAAACUAAAGCAGUUGGAAUUGAUGAUGUACUGGCCUAAUAUAGAAAGGAAUUUGUAGGAAGGGGUUGGUGUCUUGCAUCUCUGUGUAUUUGACUUAUCUGCCAUUGCUGGCUAAAACAAGGAGCUCUUGACCUCUAAACCAUUAAUAUUUCUUGGUGUGUCACUUCACUUUUAUAGAUGACAUUUUCCUCUUUCCCCUUCAUAUUUUCUUUGUUGUGCCAAAUAAUUGGUAGAUGAGUGUUUGUGUUUACUAAAUUUAGGCUUCCUAUUUAUUUAGAUUCUGUUUGGUAGCAUCUGUUUCCCUUCCUGGCUUUUCCAAAGGGAAUAUGCCAUUUAGUUUGCAUCUGUAUCUUUGUGGAAUUGAUGAUCACUGCUUUGAUUGUGAAAAAUGUCUUUUCUAGCUUUUAAUUAUUCUUAUCAAAUGUCACAUAUUUUUAAAUCACAUGCACUCCUUCACCACAAAGGUGCAUAUCCAUUUGACUUUAUAGCAGUUCUUCAUGGCAGUACUGUAGUUAAGUUCCUUACAAUGUUGUCAGGAAUGAAUGAGACAAAAGUGCUUACAAAGGCUUAAGAGCUGCGUUAUGCUGUGUAGACUGACCUUUGCACUAGUAGAUCAUUGCUGAUACAGGUUGCUUUAGUGAUCUUUUAUAUUAAUGCCUCCUGGUACCAUUUUAAGAUACCUACAGUAUCUGCUUUUAGAUCUAUGCAUAUGUCAUGAACCUCCUUAUAGGUUCUUCAUGAAGCUGCUGUCUUUGGGUAAGCAGAUGGACCUGUCAACUCGCAUGUGUAUCAUCCAAAUUCCAUAAACUUAAUUAAAACCUUACUGUGUUUUAAUUGAGUUUGGGUUGUGUGGUUUCUGAGUUGUGUGUGUCUUUCCUAUCCUCACACCUUCAAAGGGUAAGAAAUGGGAUUUAUACAUCCAAAGUUAGUCUAGUAAAUAUGGCUUUUUGUUUAUUCUUUUAGCUUAGACUGUCAAAGAUAAGUGAAGGUGGUAAGUAGGCCUGGAGCCUCAAGUUCUAUAAAUCUCAUUUCUGAAACUUUGCUUGACUCUCAUGUUGACAAAAACAGAUACCUGUGGAUUGUUCUUAGAGUUUUUAAAUCAGAUACCUGUGUUGAUGUUAGAACCCUAGUGAAACAUUAAUCUAAAGCGAAAUUGGUCUUCUAAAAUAUCAGUUAUGUUUUUGGGGUUUAGAAAAUACUUAGGUGUUAGUCUAGUCUUCUCAUUCAUGAAUCAAUGUAUUUCCUUAACUUCCCUUUUCUUCUUUUUUAAAAGUGAUUUUAGUGUAUACGAUAUAGUUCUGUAUUAUUGGGUUCACCAGUGUUGACAGAAAAAUUUUAAGUCUCUAGUUGGAAACAACAGCAAUGGAUUAGAUAUAGAAAUCAUGGUAACAUCACUGCUGGGUUUUCUUAAACUUCUGCUACCUAAUUCUUCAUAUUGAAAUGUAUACUCCUCAUACCUUGCUUCUGGUAAAAGGCAAUUAGAGGGGCAUUAUGUAUCCCAGUAUGGUUGGGUUUUAAACAUAUUUGUAUUUCCCUUAUUUGGGGAAUUGAUUAUUUUAUUUAUUUUUAAAAUUUUUUUUCUUCUGUUGAGUUAUUUUGAUACUAAUGCUGGGACAAGGGAAGGUCUAGAACAUCUUAAAGUGGGAAUACAAAUAUUAUUCUUUCAGAUUUGGGAGAAUUUAAGCAGUCUAUGCAAUCCAUCAGAUGGUGAGAAAUCGCCCUCUGUUCAUAGCCUCCACUAAGCUUUUGGUGUCUUUGAUACCUCCCCAAAUUUCUUGAGUUGUUGCUUAACACCGAGCUCUUAACUGAGUGUUUGCUCCUGAUGGUUUAGGAAAUAUUCAUGUUGUACCACACUUAUAAGUUUUAUUUUGUCUUUUUACCCCUCUGUGGAUGCGAGUUUGAAAUAAGCAUGGUACUCUAAUCCUACCUAAUAGAGUGGUCUGGAAUGGAAAUUAUUUUUUAUGUGGAAGAGCUCUCCCUUUUAAUGUUGCUAAAGGUUUUAAUAUGAACUUGGUAUUGGAAAAGGGAGGUAAAGAAAAAGAAUGUUUACUAAAAAGCAGUAUCUGUUCUUCUCCUUUACGAGUGUGUAUUCAUGGCUGAAUGAAGAGAAAGGCUCUUGGGUUUUGUGUUGCCAUGUUAAGCAUGGAGAGGGAUGCUUGACAGCAUACUAAUGGAAGCCAGAGCAAGUAUGUCCUCCAUCAGGUAAUCAGGAACUCUUCAGUUGAAGCUGAGGAACUAACUGAUUAGUUGUUGAUCAUAAUGCAAUUAUGUGAAAGUGCUGGCUAGCUUAAGCACCCAAAGAAAAGAAUGCAGCAGCCUAACUUAGUGUUAACCUAGGUUUCUGAAUUCGAAACUGACCCUUUCCCACCCUACUUCACACACCUAAAACUGUCCGUUUUCUUAUCAGACCAAAGAGCAAAAAGGAAAAAAAAAGUAAAACACUUUACCAAUCUGUGUCACUCAGGUACAAUUUUGUGGUGAGAUUUUUUGUUAUCUUUGUAGUCCUCUUAAGAGUCCUUUCUCAGCAUAUUCUGCUAUUGCCUCUGUCUUCCUUGGGGCAUCUCAGUUCUGGAUGCUACCCCUGGGAUCUCUGCUGUUAUGUGAAUGAUAGGAUGUAAGUAAGGGCUCUUUGUAAAAAAUUCAAAAAAUUUUUAAAAAAGGAUGUUGUAUACAUUUUAUAGUCUGGCUAUCAGUUUGAUAUCUUGCUGUCAAGUAUGUUUCUCAAUCUGUAUUUAUCCAUCCCAUCAAUAAACGUUAAUGAUAAAACACUCA